GCUUCACUGCCUCUUUCACUUGCUUCAAUAAGCAAUAAGCGCAGGCUGCAGCUGAAGUGUCACACACGACGGAGAAGGGGGACAAGAACUUCACUGCAGACAUGAGUCAAGUUUUGGACAUUGAACGCUGUGAUCUUGACAUUAAGAGCAACAGCAGCAGCCAUCAUACAGAUCUGUGUGAAGAGGAGCGUUUGAUUGUGAGGAGGGGACAGCCUUUCAAUAUCAUUUUACAUCUUAAACCUGGCAGCAAAGAGUUCAUACCAGGCGAAACAAGCUUCACACUCAUCGCUGAGACUGGUCCGCUACCCAGAAAAGAAUCAGACACUAAGGUUACUUUUGGUCUAAGUGACUCAACAGGGGACAGUGAGUGGAGCGCCUCUGCCACUAAUGAUCCCUCUGGAAAUUCAGUAUCUGUAUCUAUCAGUUCCUCGCCCAAUGCCCCAAUAGGGGUCUAUUCUCUGACACUGGAACAGGAGGGGCAAACGACCAGUUUAGGGCAGUUCACCCUGCUUUAUAAUGCUUGGUGCGCCCGAGAUGCUGUUUACAUGCGCAGUGAGGAAAAGAGAAAGGAGUAUGUUUUAGCGCAACACGGGCUGGUCUACAGAGGAACACAUAAACGAAUCAAAGGGAAGCCCUGGAACUUUGGACAGUUUGAACGAGGAAUACUGGAUAUCUGCCUGAAGAUCCUGGAUGAAAACCCCAAAUAUGUGUCCGAUGCCGACAAGGACUGCUCCUCCAGGAGAGACCCGAUCUAUGUGACCAGGGUGCUGAGUGCUAUGAUCAACAGUAAUGAUGACAGGGGUGUGCUGGUGGGAUCGUGGGGAGACUUUUCAGGUGGGGUUCAUCCAGGAACAUGGAUUGGCAGCGGGGACAUUUUGAAACAGUGGGCAGAAAGUGGACCCGUCAGUUAUGGCCAGUGUUGGGUCUUCGCUGCACUCGCAUGCACAGUGUCCCGUGCCCUGGGCAUACCAUGUCGAGUGGUUACUAACUUUGGAUCGGCUCAUGAUACUGAUGCCAACCUGCUGAUAGAAAACUUCUAUAAUGAAGAGGGUGAAAGAAUUUCUGCAGGCGAUUCAAUAUGGAACUUCCACGUUUGGGUGGACAGCUGGAUGGCUCGCCCUGAUCUUGGCUCGCAGUUUAAUGGGUGGCAAGCCAGUGACCCAACCCCACAGGAGACAAGUGAAGGUAUUUUCUGUUGUGGACCAUGCCCUGUGGAGGCCAUCAAGGAAGGAGAGCUGACCAAGAAGUAUGAUGCUCCCUUUAUUUUUGCUGAGGUCAAUGCAGAUGUUGUGGAACUGGUGCAACUGUCAAGUGGAGAGUUUGUCCAGUUCGAUGGAUCAACCAAAUCUGUUGGACGCAACAUCAGCACCAAAGCUGUGGGCUCGAAUGAGAGACACGACAUCACACACCAGUACAAGUAUGCAGAAGGCUCAAAGGAGGAGAGGAAGGUAUAUGAGAAAGCUCAACACCACAACAAGCUAAAGCAGCGAGGGGAAGAGCCGGGGCUCCAUCUCAAGAUCAAACUGGCCGAUAACAUGAUCGUUGGUGCGGACUUUGAGGUGUACGCUAUUCUCACUAACAACUGCAUGGAGGCGAGGACCUGCACCUUCCUGUUCUACGCCAAAGCCGUCACCUACAACGGAAAAGAAGGAGAAAGCUGUGGAUUCACUUCAGACAAAGUGGAGGUGCCCUCUGGAGGAGAAAAGCGCAUGUCCCUCAAACUGGAGUAUGAGCGUUAUGGAUCAGUCAUCACCUCUGACAGGUUAAUCCAGGUGUCAGCGAUCACCAUCGACAAGCAGAUUACAAAUUACCACAAGGCUGAGAAGACCAUUGUGCUUGACGAGCCAGACAUAAAGAUAAAGCUGUUGGAAGAAGCCACAGUGAACCAGUCUGUGAAGGCAGAGCUGACCUUGUUGAACCCUUUGCCAGAGCCACUGCGAGACUGCAGCUUCACUGUAGAGGGGGUCGGCCUCACCGAUGGCAAACCCAUAACAGCAAAGUAUGUUAACUUCAUCCUUACUCUUAUGAGUGGAUUUAUGAAUCAGCUACAGAAGUGGAAAGUUCGGAGUUAG